GGGCCUGGGGCCUGGCCACUCCCGCCGUGUGACUGACCACGCCCCCCACCGUCUGCCUCCCCCUCUGAGGGGUCUGGGACACCCGGUGGGGCUAGGCCACGCCCACUGCAUCGUCCCUGCCCAGCGGAGUCACACCCGCUGUGGUGCCUCCACCACGUUCCCGCCACCAGACCACACUUUCCCCGGAGCGCAGGCCCUCCCCAUGCUUCCACCCUUUCCUCCAGACCUGACCAGUGGCCCAGCCCGCCUUACUCUUAUCCUCCUGCCUACUCGAACCCUUCCGGUGGUGGCUGGCUGUGGCUGGGGAUGGUCAGGGACUCGACCCGCUCUGAGAAAUGGAUCAUCCCCAGCCUGAACUGGGCGUUCACACCGUUGGAGCCGGGGCUCAGGAUUCGUGGCUUGGACUUCGCCUCGCACCCUACUCCCUCUGCCCCAGUGUCAUGCUGGGCCAGGUCCCUGGCUCCCCACUCCGAGCUACCCUUCCCUCAUCUGAAGCCUAAGGAGGCUCAGGUGGGCCCAUCAUGGACUGGGACCGGGCCUUGCGACCCGCGCUCUGUAAUAAAGGACUAUGGGCCGUGGAGCCCAAAGCCGGAAGCUCUGAGCUCCCGGACCCGUGCAUUCCUCGCCGUCACAGGCUGGCUGUGGGGGUCAAAGCUCAGCACCCACGUCCCUGGGCAGCACCCCUGCCCCCACCCUGGGCUCCCUUGGGCAGGGACAGGACAAUUUGCUUCGUCAUCUCAUGUCUCUGUUCUCUGGGUGGGAAUGGGGUGUGCAUAUGACUGGUGCUUGAGUCAUCUAGAACCCUCAGUUCUAUGGGGAGAGGUACAGGCUAGCCACAUCUGAGGUGGGUCUAGGAGAGGGAGGCCAUAUGUGUGAACCCCCGGGCCACAAUCCCCGCUGCUGCUAUCCAAGAUGCAGAUUUCGAGGCCCUUCCCUCCAGUCUUCCAGCCAGACUCUGAAGGCCAUUUGGACUUAAAACUUGCUCUCCCUUGUUCUGAUGGGCAUGAUUGUUGGCAUUUCAGUUUUGGGGGGGCCUAGAGGGUCUUUGGAACAAGGGUGCCAUGAGGGGAUCUGAGCCUAAGGAUACCUGCCCUGCCAGGCAAGUUCAGGGGGCAGGGGAGUGGCAGCUGGACCCUUGGGCUGCCCACUGGGCAGCUGGCCAGCAAGUGUCAUGGGACCCCGCAGCAAGCAGUGCUUGCGGCGAGAUUUCCCUUGCUAUCCUGCUGGUUUUGCAGUUGGCCUGACUGGAACAUCACCUUCCUGAGAGCAGGAGUUUCUGCCUGUUUCCCCAGUGCCUGGCCCACAGCCAGUGGUGACAGAGGCGGAGGGGCUGGAGCCACGCAGAGGACCAGGCAAUGAGAAACAAACAGGUGGGGUGAAGGGCUGGGGGCAGAGUCCUGGGGCCAGAGCACUGCUAACAUCUCUGGGCUACUGCCAGUGGGCGGGGCUGAUGGGCUGCCCUGGGGGUCCAGAGUUCCAGGCCAGGUCACCCGGGGAAGAGGUGAGCAUUCCAUGGACAUUUCUCAGGGCGAAGCAGGUGCAAUGGGCGUCAGGCUGCGACUGGCCUUCUUGCUGUUGCUGCUGUUCCUGCUUCGAAGCCUGGGGCAGCCGGUAUGGCCUGCAGCCAUGGCCCUGGCACUGCGCUGGCUCCUAGAGGACUCCACCUGCUGUGUGCUGCUUGGCCUGGCCCUACUGGCUUGGCCCUGGCUUGGUCCCUGGAUGCCCCACUGGCUGAGUCUGGGGACCGGGGCCCUCACACUGGCCCUGCUGCCCACACAGCUGCCCCCCGGCCUGCGCUGGCUGCCUGCUGAUAUGGCCUUUAUCAUCAGGAUCCUCCGCCUGGGCCUGGACGUCAGGGCGCGUUUGAGCCGCCAGCCGCCCGACACUUUUGUGGAUGCCUUUGAGCGGCAGGCACGAGCGCAGCCGGGUCACGCGGCCUUGGUGUGCACAGGGCCAGGGGACUGCUCAGUCACCUUUGGGGAGCUGGAUGCCCGGGCCUGCCAUGCGGCGUGGGCCCUGAAGGCCAAGCUGGGUGGCUCUGUGGGCCCGCAUGCCCAGGAGACUGUUGCCCUUCUGAUGCUGCCCUCCCAGGCCAUUCCUGCCCUGGGCUUGUGGCUGGGGCUGGCCAAGCUGGGCUGCCCAGUGGCCUGGAUCAAUCCGCACGGCAGGAGGGCACCCCUGGUGCACUCGGUGCUGAGCUCUGGGGCUCAGGUGCUGGUGGUGGACCCAGACCUCCAGGAGAACCUGGAGGAGGUCCUUCCCGAGCUGCAGGCAGAGAACAUCCGCUGCUUCUACCUCAGCCACUCCUCUCCCACGCAAGGGGUGGGGGCUCUGGUGGCUGCCCUUGAGGAUGCACCUGCAGACCCCGUGCCUGCUGACGUGCGUGCUGGGAUCACACCACGAAGCCCUGCCCUGUUCAUCUACACCUCAGGGACCACUGGGCUCCCGAAGCCAGCCAUCCUCACACAUGAGCGGUUGCUACAGAUGUGCAGGAUGCUGUCCUUGUCUGGGGUGAGAGCUGAUGACGUAGUCUACACAGUCUUGCCUCUGUACCACGUGAUGGGGCUUGUCAUUGGAGUCCUCGGCUGCCUGGAACUCGGAGUGACCUGUGUCCUGGCCCCUAAGUUCUCUGCCUCCUGCUUCUGGGAUGACUGUCGGCAGCAUGGUGUGACUGUGAUCCAUUAUGUGGGCGAGGUCCUGCGGUACCUGUGUAACACUCCCCAGCGACCAGAGGACCGGACACAUACAGUGCGCCUGGCGAUGGGCAAUGGACUCCGAGCAGAUGUGUGGGAGACUUUCCAGCAGCGCUUUGGCCCCAUUCGGAUCCUGGAAGCCUACGGCUCCACGGAAGGCAACGGUGGCUUUGUCAACUAUCCAGGGCGCUGUGGGGCCUUGGGCAAGACAAGCUGCCUCCUUCGAAUGCUGUCCCCCUUUGAGCUGGUACAGUUCGACAUGGAGGCCGAGGAGCCUGUGAGGGACCAUCGGGGCUUCUGCAUCCCUGUGGGGUCAGGGGAGGCGGGGCUCCUCUUGACCCAGGUGCUAGGCCGCCACCCUUUCCUGGGCUACCGUGGGCCCCGAGAGCAGUCGGAACGGAAGUUGGUGCGGAACGUGCGGCGCCCGAACGACGUUUACUACAACACGGGGGACGUCCUGGCCAUGGACUGCGAAGGCUUCCUCUACUUCCGCGACCGCCUCGGGGACACCUUCCGAUGGAAGGGGGAGAACGUGUCCACGCGGGAGGUGGAGGGCGUGUUGGCCCUUGUUGACUUCCUGCAGGAGGUGAACGUCUACGGUGUGUCUGUGCCAGGGUGUGAGGGCAAGGUAGGCAUGGCUGCCGUGCAGCUGGCCCCCGGCCAGAGCUUCGAUGGGCAGAGGCUGUACCAGCACGUGCGUUCUUGGCUUCCUGCCUACGCUGCCCCCCAUUUCGUCCGUAUCCAGGACACCCUGGAGAUCACGAGCACAUUCAAACUGGUGAAGUCCCGCUUAGUACGUGAGGGCUUCAAUGUGGGCGUCAUUGCUGACCCCCUGUUUGUGCUGGACAAUCAGGCGCAGGCUUUCCGGCCCCUGACACAGGACACGUAUCAGGCUGUGUGCGAGGGAACCUGGAGACUCUGACCACCUGGCAUUCCACAUCUGGACAUCCAAAGGGGCCGGGCUCAACGCUGACAACCACCCCCACUUGCAGUGUUACCUCCACCCGAGACGUGCACGAGAUCUCAAGAAUCCCAGCCCGGCCGUAUCCCCUGC